AUGGCUGCCGACAAAGACCCCAAAGGCACUUCGCCUACUGGUACAAAUCAGACAUCCCACGAAGUCGCUGCGACCACCACCGCGACUGGGCAGACGCUGGAUGAGAAAGCUGCUACGAGUCCUGUGGCGACAAGUACUGAGAAGACACCCAACGUCAGCUCAGCCUCGUUGCCUCCCUCCAUCUCUAGUGGCGAAGGAGAGAAGCCUCAUCCUACCGCCAUGACCGUCGAUCUCGACCGUAUCGGUGAGACCGAGGGAUAUCUCCUCGACGAGGCCGCCCUCAGGAAGCAAUAUGGCAUCGCCGACGAUGUACCUCUCAAGAAGACCAAGGAUGGCGUCGUCCUGAUCCCCCAGCCCAGCGAUGACCCGGAUGACCCAUUGAAUUGGCCAGCCUGGAAGAAAGGCUGCAUCUUGCUCGUCCUCGCCGUGAAUGCUUGCACUGCCGAUUACUCGGCGGCCACGGGCGCCAGCGCGCUCAUUCCCCAGGCCCAAGGAUGGCACAUUUCCCCAGACGAGGUUAAUCAUGCGACCGCUGGCAACACAUUCAUGCUAGGCGUAGGGGGCCUGCUAACCGUCUGGCUGAGCGCCUAUUUUGGACGUCUUCCCGUGCUCUUUUGGUUUGGCUGUGCUUCGGCUGGAACGGCUGCUUGGGCGGCCGCAGCCCAAACCUUCCAAUCCUACAUGGCCUCCCGAAUCUUGAAUGGCCUGUUUUGCGUCGCAGCAGCCGGUGGUGGCUUGAUGUGGAUCAAGGAUGUGUUCUUCUGGCAUUCCCAUGCGCAGAAGAUCAACAUGUGGUCGACGGCUAUCAUCCUGUCACCCUUCCUCGGCCCGCAGUUCAUGGCAGCCAUCAUCAGCGUUGACUCUUGGAGGACCGGCAUGUGGCUCAACUUUGGCAUCAUUGCCCUGGGCUUGCUCCUCACCACGACACUGGGCGAUGAACCCUUCUAUCCCCGCCACCUGAUGCCCGACCGGAGACCCAAGCGCAAGUCCCGCAUUCUUCGACUCGUUGGCAUUGAACAGUACAGGACCAAGUACACCACCAACAGCUUUUGGGGCGCAGGGCGUCGCUUGGCGUAUACCAUCACGAAGCUGCCGGUCUUCCUGACCUGUUUGUUCUACUUCUUUGACUUCCCUUGGACCAUUGGAAACAACACCACCAUAUCUGUCUUCAUCAUCCCGGCGUACAACUUUAGCUACCGCAAUCUGGCCGCCAUCUACACGGCACCCGUCGUUGGCGCUAUCCUCGGGCUUAUCCUCGGCCACUUCAUGUUCGAUUACAUUGGGAAGUGCUGGGCGAAGGGCCACAACGGACGUUUUGAUCCUGAAAACAGGUUGAUCUUGGUGUGGUUGGUCCUACCGGUCAAGGUGGUCGGUUACAACCUUAUCGGCGCGACAUUACACCAUGCUCCAGCAUGGUCGUGGUGGGUUCUUGCGGUCGGCUGGAGCAUGCACAACGUUGCCACCAUUGUGACGACCACGGCAGUCAGCGCGUACCUCCUUGAUGCGUACCCGGAAGCCAGUGGUGAGUGCGCUGCGUGGCUCAACUUCUCCCGCACAUUGGGAGGCUUCAUCGUCGGUUAUAUCCAGAUCAACUGGGCCAGCAAAGCCGGUACUCAGACCGAGUACGGUAUUCAGAGCGGCAUCAUGGCCGCAGCUUUCCUAGUGAUCGUGUUCUUGCAGUUCUUCGGCCCAGCACUGAGACAAGCACAAGGUCCACUCAAGUUCAAGACGCAUUAG